AUGAUUCUGGAAGUGAUAUUUUCGCAGCUGAUGCGAUUACCAGAUCCGGCAUCAUUGCCACUUUUCUAUGGCAGUAUUAUUCUCGAGCUAUGCAAAACAAAGAAUAUGCCACAGCGAAUUGCAACAAUGCAUAUGACAUGUGUCGACCGGUUUGUUGACUGGUUUAGUUACCACAUGUCCAAUUUUGAAUACCGCUGGUCCUGGGCCGACUGGGAUGAUUGUUUGGUUUUGAAUCAGCACGCACCGAAGCGUUAUUUUGUUAAGGAAGUUAUCGAGAAAUGUAUGAGGUUUUCAUAUCGCGAAAAGAUUUCUGAAUGCUUGCCGGAUUCGUUCGAAGAGAUAGCACCAGAAUAUCCGUUAAUCUCUUAUUCAGUGGAUGAAGAGGAGCGAAGUGUGAAAGAACUAGUUGCACAAAUUGAAAAUGCAUUCCGAAACAAAGCAACACCGGAGGAACUGACGGAAAUUUUGCAGGAAUUCAGUCGACAAGAAGGCAGCGGCGCUUUGACGGCGCUGUCGACAUUCUUCGCUGUCCUGUUGAAUUCGGCGAAAAAAACCUUUAGUCACAAUUUUGCAGCUAUGACCAAGUAUCAUGUUUAA